AUGACAUCCGAAGCCUCUUCUCUCAAGCGACCACGUUCACCCUCCGAGCACCACCCUCUCCCGGCGGCCAAAGUUCCUCGGACUGCUACCAACCACUUGCAGAUCAACUAUCUCGCUCGUCAGCAUAAGGAAACAAUUCCCCUGGUAACCGUCAACGACAAGCUACCCGAAAUCGCAAGGCUCCUCGGCGAAUAUGACGGUGUGCUACAACGCCAUGAAAGCAUGGCUGGGAAUCUGGGAGCAUGUCCACUGGGACCAAUUCUGCUCAAACGAUUUGAAAGAUUGUUCGAGGGACCGCCCAAAGUGUUGAAAUCCCAUGCCAAAGACUCGACCAUUAGUUGGUUGGAUGUGGUCGAGUUUGCUCAGAGCAGUCCUAAACAAUUCAACUUGGAGAGAACUCGCAACGGCGUCCGGGUGUGUCAAUUCUACACCAAGCAAUGUCGCGUGGAAAUUUCCGAGGAGGAUUAUGUUCUGAUUGCAAGUGGCAUGCCUCAGAAGCUCAUUCCUCCCCAACCAAUAUUGGAGGAUGAAGAGAAGGAACUCGGUGUCAUGGAUUUACUGGAUCGGAAUAUUGGCCAGAUCAUCCAACUUGCAGAUCAAGUCUCUGGUCGAGCUCGGCAGAUGAUUCACAAGAUGAAAAACCGCAGAACGGCUAUUCUGAGCCGUCGGGAGCAAGAGGCAGAGUCUAGGAAGCCGCCUCAACGAACCGAUGCGUCGCCUUUGUCUCCGCCAGACACCAAUGGUGUCCCGAAUAAGCCCGUUCGAAGUAUAGAGGUGUCCCAGUCUCCCCCAAUGGGAUUCACUGCGGUCAACUUGCGACAUCCUGGUGCUGCCGAGGCAGAACCCAGACCUCCAGGAACCGGUAGUGGUGAAGCUGUAAGAAAUCACACAUCAGAACUAUUUGCUACUCCACAUGCUCAGAAUGUUACCAUCAUCAACGGCAAAUCAAUCAAAGACGCUUCGCCAACCGUGCGAGCAGAACUUAUGAAGAAAUUCUUGACACCCAGUGAGCGGGAGGCCGGCUUGACUGAGGACACUAUCCGACGAUCGUCAUUCAGCGCUGCUCGAAAUACCACCAUGCAUAAUUCACCAUCGGAGAACCCACGUUCAGAUUCCCUCGAGCUUGCUGGCGGUGCUGGAAAUGCCAAAAACCCUCCAACAGUCGCCAUUCCAAACACGCCAGCGUCAUUGAUGCCUCAUUUGAAGCCAUCGACCCUAGAGAGGGAUGACGGUGGGCCUUUCAAGUCGGAAAUGGUGAGGAGGAUGGACAACAUGUGGAAAGGAGACCGGGUGAUACCGCCAUGUGAUCGCUGUCGAAGACUUCACAUGGAUUGCCUGAAGAACCUGACGGCUUGUAUGGGCUGUACUAAGAAACACGCCAAAUGCUCCUGGAAGGAAGUGAAAGCAUCAGAACUGCAAGGAGUUGCACCACAAUCGACAAACGCUGAAGAAGAGCAGGGCUCUGCAACUGCGGCAUCCGAGAUAGCGCCUCCGUUAUCUGCUGGAUCUACAAUUGAAGUUUCUCGUCCUCCAGAAGAACCACGGCCAGCAAGCACGGGGAGACCAUCUCUUGGAUCGGUUCACGACCGAGAAGCGAAAGCACCGGAAAGCGUUGGGCCCAAACCUGAUCCCGGCCGGAGAAGUGAGUCGGCUCAGUCACCUAAUAUGUCGUCGUCGGCUCGAUUUGACGUCCGCCCACCACCCUUAGUACAACAAAUUCAGGACGCUGCAAAUGGAAGAACUUCGAGCGGUCCAGGUGGACACCGAUCCUUCGGAACGAGCGGCUUAUCAACAGCGUCGCGGGCAGAUGAGGAUGACGACCAGGGGGAUAGAUUGCAAGCACUUGCCUCACGUGUUUACCGGACAGCGUCGCAGAGCGGACACCGAAUAUAG